AUGUCGGGCAUCAAUCCUGAGGUUGAGGAAGCCCUGCGCAAGCUUGACGAAGAGCUCGAGGAAGGAGACAUCACAAGAAAAGGCUAUGAGAAGCGACGAACCCUUAUUCUUUCUCAAUUCAUCUCUCCCCAACAAACGCCGCCAUUGCAAUCGCAGCCGCGAGGACUACGGAUACACUCCCCCGACGACAGCGAUCAUCCCGCCUCCAAUGAUGCCUCCAGAGCAGCUUCCCUCGCGGCUCUUACCGGUCGAUCGGUGACCGAACAGACGAGGAAUGGGACGAUGACUGAGGGCUACUCCAGCAUGAACCGACAGACUUCCAUGCCCAGAGAUGAAUACCCGAGUGAUCUUAGGCGCAGCGCAACUCCGCCCAGCCAUGUUCAGAGAUUCCAAGAGCGGGAGGCCCCGGCUAUACAGUCUGGGUCAUUCUCGGAAGCCUCGUAUGAUCAGCGGCACGAAACCCUGCUCACCGCGAACGAUCAGUCCCGCACGCAGACGCUACUGAGCCAGAAUUAUGCCUUCAAUCCUGACCCCCAGCAGAACUUUCCGGGCGCAGACACGCGCCAUUCUACCAUGCUCGAGGCUCAGCAGGGUUAUUUCUCGGAUUUUGCCGGUCAACAACGAGAAGAACACCAGGAGAACUACGGCGGCAACGUUCACAGGUAUUCGCAGAGUGAGGUGGCCUCACCGACUGCACAAACGGUACCUCCAUUUUUGGGUGCUGGGGAACUUCAGGGAGGUGCGGCGAUCCACCAGAUGCCCCUGGAGCCUCGGGAAGUUCCAUUUGCCAUUUGUGACCCUCACGACUCGCAUAUCGAGAUGUCGAGAUUUGAGAAUAUCGCCGCAGUGCUUCGCCAUCGCGCGAAGACAAAUCCCAAGCAGGCGGCUUAUUGGGUGCUGGAUCAAAAAGGUAAAGAGCUUGUCUCCAUAACAUGGGAGAAGUUGUGCAGCAGGGCGGAAAAGGUUGCUCAAGUGAUCCGGGACAAGAGCAGUUUAUACAAAGGGGACCGCGUUGCUCUCAUCUACACGGAGAAUGAGAUCAUCGAGUUCACAGUGGCACUACUUGGCUGUUUUAUUGCAGGCGUUGUUGCAGUGCCGAUAAAUGACCUGAAAAACUAUGCCAGGCUCAACGUGGUGCUGACAUCCACGCAAGCCCACCUGGCGCUAACCACGGAGGCCAACUUGAAGAAUUUCCAGCGAGAUAUCACUGCAGCCAAACUCAACUGGCCCCGAGGGGUUGAGUGGUGGAAAACGAAUGAGUUCGGAAGCUAUCACCCCAAGAAAAAGGGCGAAGACUUCCCUUUGGUGGUCCCUGAUCUGGCAUACAUCGAGUUCUCGACCGCUCCCACGGGUGACCUCCGCGGCGUCGUCCUGAGCCACAAGACCAUCAUGCAUCAGAUGGCCACCCUCAGUGCGAUGAUCACUUCGGCAACGAGCAACACCCGGGCUGAUACCUUCAACCCGUCUCUCCGUGACAAGCAAGGCCACUUGAUCACGGGCUCUAGACAUGGUGAGAUCAUGCUGAGCUAUUUGGAUCCCAGGCAGAGUAUAGGGAUGAUUCUCGGAGUGCUGUUGAACAUCUACGGUGGUCACACCGUGAUCUAUCUCGACCAGAGGGCAAUCGAAACUGCAGGGCUUUACGCGAACCUCAUUACGAAGUACAAGACGACGUUAUUGGUGGCGGACUAUCCGGGCUUGAAGCGUGCGGUCUACAACUACCAAGCGGAUCCUAUGACGACGCGGAAUUUCAAACGCAAUUUCGAACCUAAUUUCAGCAGUGUUAAGCUAUGCAUGAUCGAUACCUUGACCGUUGACGUGGAGUUCCAUGAGCUGCUGGCAGACCGAUGGUUGAAGCCAUUGCGCAACCCCCGAGCACGAGAAAUCGUGGCUCCAAUGCUGUGCCUGCCGGAACAUGGCGGCAUGAUCAUCAGCAUGCGCGACUGGCUCGGCGGUGAAGAGCGAAUGGGCUGUUCCUUGAGCCACGAGCUGGACCGUGAUCAACGGGUCGAGGAGAAGAAGGAAGAUGAGAGCUCUGCCACUCGAUCUGUCUUUGGCAGUAGUCUCAUUGGAGGCGGCAGCAUCAAGCCGUCGCCCAAAGGGCGUUCUACUGAGGACCUCGGAGAGGUACUUCUGGAUAAAGAGGCUCUUAAGACCAAUGACAUCGUAGUGCUGGCCAUGGGUGCUGAGGCACGUGCAAAAGCCAGCUCGUUCCCCAAUGCCGUGAGAUGCGGAGCGUUUGGCUACCCGAUUCCUGAUGCUACUUUGGCAGUGGUCGAUCCGGAGUCGGGUCUCCUGUGCUCACCAAAUUCCAUUGGCGAAAUCUGGGUCGAUUCACCCUCGCUCUCGGGGGGAUUUUGGGCGCUUCCCAAGCACACCGAGACCAUAUUUCAUGCUCGGCCUUAUUGCUUCAGAGAGGGUGAUCCAACACCAACGGCAAUCGAUCCCGAGUUCCUCCGUACUGGCUUGCUCGGCGCUGUCAUCGAGGGCAAGGUGUAUAUUUUGGGACUGUACGAGGACCGGCUGAGGCAGAGGGUCGAAUGGGUCGAACACGGUGUGGCCGUUCAGGAACAUCGUUACUUCUUUGUGCAACACCUCAUCCUCAGCAUCAUGAGGAAUGUGCCCAAGAUCCAUGACUGUUCCGCCUUCGAUUGUUUUGUCAACGACGAGCAUCUACCAAUCGUCCUUCUCGAAUCGCCAUCCGCAUCAACAGCCCCAAUCUCCUCCGGCGGCCCGCCUAGACAACUUGACAUUGCGCUCCUUGACUCUCUAGCGGAGAAGACCAUGGAUAUCCUCUAUCAGGAGCACCACCUCAGGGUGUAUUGUGUCUUGAUCACCGCUCCGGGGAUUUUGCCUAGAGUGACAAAAAACGGCCGCAGAGAGAUCGGCAAUAUGCUCUGUCGCAAGGAAUUUGACAACGGCUCGUUGCCUUGUGUCCAUGUGAAGUUCGGCGUGGAGCGAGCUGUCCAAAAUCUGCCUUUUGGAGAGGACAUCAGUGGCGGCAUCUGGUCGCCAGAUGCGAGUGCCGCGCGAAAUGAACUCUUGUACGAACAAGAAACGCAAUGGUCCGGAGUUGACGUUCGAGAAGUAGUCAUCGAUGAUCGUACUUCGACGGCCCUGAGCAAUUUUACGAACAUCUUUGACCUCAUGCAGUGGCGGGUGGCGCGGCAAGCAGAUGAACUUGCGUAUUGUACAAUCGAUGGUCGAGGGAAAGAAGGCAAAGGCCUCACGUGGAAGAAGUUUGAUCAGCGAGUCGCCGCAGUGGCUUUGUACCUUCGAAACAAAGUCAAGGUGAAACCUAGCGACCACCUGAUCCUGAUGUACACGCAUUCUGAGGACUACGUGUUUUCUAUCUAUGCCUGCAUGGUUCUUGGAGCGAUUGCCAUCCCGGUGGCACCAUUGGAUGUCAACAGACUCUCUGAAGAUGCCCCGGCUUUUCUCCACAUAGUCGCUGACAUGGGGGUCAAAGCUGUGCUUUGCAAUACAGAAGUCGAUCACCUGUUCAAACAGAAAAUUGUCUCGCAGCACCUGAAGCAAUCCGCUCAGUAUCUCAAAACCAACAUUCCCAGCGUGUACAAUACAACGAAACCGGCCAAACAAUCGCACGGCUGCAGAGACUUGGGCCUCACAAUAAACCGCUCCUGGAUCUCUCCAUCGAAUCCCGUCAUCAUCUGGACAUAUUGGACUCCAGAUCAGCGUCGAGUUUCGGUCCAGCUAGGACAUGAUACUAUCUUGGGGAUGUGCAAGGUCCAGAAGGAAACUUGCCAAAUGACGAGCUCCAAACCCGUGCUUGCAUGCGUGAGGAGCACUGUUGGCAUAGGCUUUUUACACACUGUGUUGAUGGGCGUGUACAAUGGAAGCACCACCUAUCUGAUAUCGCCGCUCGACUACGCACAAAAUCCAGGGUCGCUGUUCCUGGCUUUAUCGCGGUAUAAAGUCAAGGACACCUACGCCACUAGCCAGAUGCUGGACUUUGCCAUGAGCCACGUUGCUGGUAAGGGCUUUUCCUUGCACGAGCUCAAGAACUUGAUGAUUGCCACUGAGAGCAGACCGCGCCUGGAUCUCUUCUCCAAGGCGAGAUUGCAUUUUGCACAAACAGGUCUAGAAAGGACGGCAAUCAAUACGAUUUACUCGCACGUUCUCAAUCCAAUGAUAGCAUCUCGAAGCUACAUGGCUAUUGAACCAAUCGAGCUAUGGCUGGACGUGCGCGCCCUCAGGAGGGGUCUCGUCUAUCCCGUGGAUCCCGACACGGACCCAACUGCUUUGUGCGUGCAGGAUUCAGGAAUGGUUCCUGUAUCCACUCGCAUCGCCGUUGUCAACCCGGAAACUUGUCUGCUGUGCCACGUUGGCGAAUUCGGCGAGAUCUGGGUGCAGUCUGAGGCAUGUGCCAAAUCUUUCUACAUGUCGAGACAAAUCUUCGACGAGGAGCGAUUCAAUGGGCGGAUCAUAGGCGGCGAUCCCAACGCAAGAUACGUUCGAACUGGUGAUCUGGGCUUCCUUCACAAUGUCACGCGGCCAAUCGGUCCAGGAAAUCAACCAGUGGAAAUGCAGAUUCUGUUUGUGUUGGGCAGUAUCGGUGAGACUUUUGAGGUCAACGGACUCAAUCAUUUCCCGAUCGACAUCGAGAAUAGUAUUGAGAAGUGCCAUCGCAAUAUUACCCCUGGCGGUUGUGCUGUUUUCCAGGCUGGUGGCAUGGUGGUGGUUCUGGUGGAGGUCUUCCGCAAGGCCUAUCUCGCUUCGAUUGUUCCGGUUAUUGUCAAUGCUGUGCUUCACGAACACCAAAUCGUCGUCGACAUUGUUGCCUUUGUGGGUGAGGGUGACUUUCCUCGUAGUCGCCUCUCAGAGAAACAACGCGGCAAGAUUCUGGCGUCCUGGGUGACUCGGAAGCUGCGCACCAUCGCGCAGUUUGGGAUUCGAGAUGGCGAUGGUCCUGAUGCGCAAGAAUCGGGCGUCCCGGCGGUACGCAAGGGUACAAGUAUCAUGGGCAAGAGCUUCAAUCAGCAGGACCAACCCAGGGCUUCAAUGGCGUCGGACUAUCAAGCCAAUGCUUCGGUAGAUGUGACGUCCAACCGAUCAAGCAUCGUUCCUGAACUGCCUUUCAGCUUGCCGCCUAAUCAUUAUCAGAUCGACCCCACCGGUGUCUAUGAAGGUCAGGGAAGGAACUCGGGUGGCAGUAAUGCAGGAGUUGCACUAAAAGACAAGCCUUACAAUCUACCGGAGGGAGUGGUGGAGAUGCCGACGGGCAAAUUCGAUGACGCCGACGAGGGAGUCAACCCGUACAUGACGGAUGAGAAGUUCUUCGAUCCAAACGCAGUCCCAGAAGCACGAUCCGGUGAACGCACUCCCCAGGCGUCUCAGCUUGACCUUCCGCCUAGGGGACCCCCUAGGCUUUCUCUUGUUAACCCGGACGAAUACUCCAACAACAGCGAUUACGAUACUCCUACGUCCUACACUGCCACAGCCACACCGACGUCUGCGAUUCCGCUAGCUAAAAAGGCGACGAACGAGCGGGAGGCUGAGACUCCCUAUGAGGAUCAGGGAAAUCCAUUCCGAAAUUCGAUUCCUGCAUCAGUGCCCAGUUUUGAUUUUGUCCCCGCUCCGGGUCCAAAAAAUCCAGCCCGGCAGCAAAUGGCUGGUGCAGCCGCAACGUAUAACCAGGUUACAUCUCCAUCGACGGGCAGGGCUCUCCUUCCCAGUCAACAAGCGAGAUAUGCCAGUAACAGUCAGCCAGAGGCACCGAGACCUCGCCAGGCCAGCGAAAACUCAUACGAGGCCGCAGACUUGCCGCCAGAGGCUCUCUUUUAUGCUUCAGCGUACGAGGGGGCAAUCUCCGAUGGCGAGCAACAGGAUAGAUUCCAUGGCGAGGAAGAUCGGCCGGGCGUGGAUUUGACCAGUGUUUCCGGGAGCAUUGCCGUGAGAAGACGAUACGACGGAAGUGCUUAUGAUGAUUAUGAAUAA